AUGCAACAUUUCCACCAGCAUCAACUCACCAAAAUCUGCUACAACUCCAUCAACCUCAAGCGCAACAACUUCAGCUCUCGUCUCCAUCGGCGUCAGCCAAUCGACAGUGAACAAACUUGGCAUCAGUCUAGGAGUCACCCUCGUAGUCCUACUGAUAGUCAGCUGCAUAGUAAAUCGCAUCCUGUGGCGGAGAAUGCAGAAUCUCCAGAAGAUGCUAGAUAUCCAGACCAGGCCGAGGAAUUUCGAGAUGGGGACGCCAUGAAAUUGCAUUAUACAUUCAAGGAUGAAAGUCGGUCUCUGUGGUCACAGAUGCCUCAGGGGUUGGAGCCGGCGGAGAGGAGUGAGGUAGCUGAGAUAAUGGCGCCGAGAGAGUUCGAGGGGGGAGUUGGUGGUGUUACGGUUGCUUUCAGAAGGGUGUAA